AUGGUCCACGCCGUCUUCGAGCGCGACGGCGCCUGCGUCGCCGCCGCGCGGUCCUUCGUCCGCGUCGUCGGCGUCGGCGGCGCCGACCGGCGCGUGCUCGCGCUCGCGCACGUCGCGUCGUCGCCGCGGGCGCGCGGCCGGGGCCUCGGCGCCGCCGUCGUCCGCGCCGCCUGGGCGCGCCUCGGCGGCGGGCUCGACGACUGCGUCUUCUGCAGCGGCGUGCCGGCCUUCUACGAGCGGCUCGGCGCCGCGCCGCUCGCGCGCUGCGACGUCGAGUACCCGAGCGCGUCGAGCAAGCGCUUCGUCGACCCGACCAUGCUCCGCGUCGCCACCGCGGAGGCCGAGCCCUGGCCGCCCGGCGCGACCAUCCGCGCGAACGGCGACGGCUGGUGA